AUGAGUUGUCUCCCUUCCUCCACUUGGCCACACCACCUUGGUGGAUCGGAAUGUCCUGUGGGCAAGCGUAUUUUAACAACUGAUAAAGCCCUGCCAAGUUAUGACUCACCCCCGCAGCUUAUUUGGUGUCCCUCAGGUCGUCUGCUGACCUCGGAGACCUUCCAGGGUUCGCUUAACGUCUCGGGCGUCUCACUGAAGCGCAAGCAAAUCUGGACACUCUACACGGAAGAGAAGAACCCUACCGCUUUCCUUCUGCAAAACCACUUGGGGGACUUCCUCAGUGCUGAUCAUAAUGGCAAGGUGACUCUGGCCUCAGAGGAACCGGGCUCAGAGGAACGUUUUAUCAUCCACUUCGGACCUCGUGCUUCGGGUGAGAUCGCACUCCAAUCGGAGAAGCAUGGGUUCUACCUCCAGUGGACUGGCACAGAAAUGCGGUGCUUCUCUAAGGAACCAGUCUGGUGGGGAAUGCGUCUCGGAAUACAUCCGCAGAUCCACCUACACAGCGUUCACCGCUCCUGCUUCGUCCGUAGUGCCAACAAGGAGAGUGAGUUGCGCACAGUGACGAAGAUGCCUUGCAGCCCUAAAUUUCUUCUCUGGCUGGAGCAGUUGCCUCUACCGUCCACCUCAGGCGCCGGAGCCGGCACCUCCUCCAAGGAAGCGGUGGCUCGUCUCUCCCGCGUUGCUAUACGCACCCAGUCGGGUCGAUACCUUCGCGGUGAUAGCAGUCUAGUGGACAGCAUUGAAGAGGCCUCGCUCUUUGCUAUGUCGUUUAAGCCUGGUAGAUCGCAAGUUGUGAUGUUCCAAGAUGUAAAUGGCGAAUACCUAACUGUUGGAGCUCGUGGCGUUCUCAAGGUCAAGAUGGGAGCUCGAGAGCCCCGCAGAGAGGAGUUUUUCUCCAUUGAGACGCCCUCCAAUCAGGUGCGUCUCUGGGCCUGGAACAACAAAUAUGCCUGCAAUAAACACGGUUUGACGUUCUCUACCACGAUGGAGGAGCUAGAAGAUCAUAAGAACACGCUCUAUCAGCUGGAGUACGUGGGCGGUCGCGGUCUGGAUAUGGCGGGCAUCGUGAAUGCCGCUUCCACACCCUCGGUGGAUGCCUCAUCGGCGACCUUUGGUUUCGACGGGACGGAUGAGGGUGCCACUUACCUCACCACGGGUCUCUGGCGUCUUCGCUCACAGGACCGACGUCUCUGGCAGAUUCUGCCCACCGGUUCGGCUGAGCUAGCUCCUGAGGACUGCACCAAAGACACCACCUUUGAAAUGCUCUACGUACCGAGCUACAUGGAGGAGGGUACCAGCAGUGGCGGUGAAGGUGAGUCCAAAGGGCGGCUGAACUUGCGGGGCGGAGUGGUGUUACGCACUCUUGAUGGUGCGACGGUGUGCGCGAAGCCAUUGGGAGCGAUCGGUAUCUCUGACAAACGCAUUGACUGUGCCGCUUGGCAGCCAAGUCCAGCGGAGAUGUUGCAUCUAUUGCCGCUGAUUAAUCGCAUCUCCAUCGCCUGCUACUCGCCAUUUGCCUGCGCAUUCCUCGCACCCGCUGCCGGCGCCGCCACGCGGCGAUCUAGCCUAGGUGCCGCCUCCACCGUCGACUGCACUAGUUGUGUCCCCCAACAGUGGUUCCUGCGACAUCUCAUUUCUGGCACGGUACAGUUCUUUACCAAGCAGACCGAUCGGUGGAUGAUACUGAGCGUCACCAGCCAAGGCAAUGUGACUUUAACACCUAGCGAAACAGGUCCCGAUGAGACCGAGGCGGACGCGGCAGCGGGAUCAAAUUCCAAGGCAGAGUUCGUAAUCUUCAUGACCAGCGACAAGUACGCCCUUUUGCGUCCUCUCCUCUCUGUGGGAAGUGGGCAGCGUAGACCCGCCUUCCUCGCUGUCAGCCUCCAGGGUGGCGUUAAACUCGAUGUCUCCGGCACCAUUACGCCUGGUUGCAUCUGGCAGAUCUGA